GACGUCAUCAGAACGAUGACUUUAAUACUGGUCACUGUCGACUGAGAAACGACUACAGGUUAACUUUAUCAGAACGAUGACUUCAUUACUCCAGUACUGGUCACUGUCGAUUGCAAAUAUAAGAAACGACUACAGGCCAGUAAAAACCCUCGCAUAAUUUGUCCAUCGAAAUGUCGUCCCCAGACGAAACUAAAACCAGCAAGACCAAGCCGUCCGGCACAGAAGCAGCUAAAAAGAAUGAUUCAGAUAAACAUCCUCCAGAGUCUGAUGGGAAAUCUGGGUCUGCUCCCAGCCAGGCAGACGCCCGGCCUAAGAAGGGUUCAGACACCAAUCCACAGUGUCAGGACUCUGAGUCAAAGACUCAGUCAAAAGAAGAAAAGAAACCUUCUACCGACACGACCAAUGUCCAGCUGGAUGUUGGCAUCUCAAGGAAGGCCUCAUGUGAUUCCUGGUCGGACCUGACGGACGUCGAUUCUUCGUCUGUCGCGAAAGUAGAGAAUGAGAAACACAAAUCAAAUCGGAUCUCCAAAUUCUUCAGCGGUUUUCACUACGAGUCGCCCAAGUCUCUGCGAGACGUCCCCAUCGAAUCCACGACCAACCAGUAUCCAGAGUUUAACAAGAAGGUCGAGGUCACGUCUCCGAAGUCCCUGAGGGACUAUCCCACCAGGGGGAAGUGGAAAAAGAAAGCGCUAGAUAUGACGUCAGAGUUUAAGGAGUUCGAUUUAAAUAUCGACCCCGUGGGCUCGCCGACGUCGAUCUCUGACAUAAUUCUUGAGAAUAAAUGCAUGCGUCGCAAGUCGAUUGACUCGAGCUCGAGUUUUGACCUGAUGCUGCACCAGGAUAUGCCGAUGAUGGCCGUUCUGCCUAUUGCCAGAAAGGUGGAGCUGGCGACAGGUGAAAAGUUGCUAAUCCAUCCAGGUGGAGUGCGGCCUAAACAAGUGCCAUUUUGGACCUCAUAUCGCCUGCGGUAUGCCUUCAUUUGGUUCUUCGGUUUUGUCUGUCUGAAUGCUCAACGAGGGGAUCUCAGUAUCGCCAUUGUCUGUAUGGUUGACCACGCGUACUUCUUCAAUUUGGAUCACAAUCUGACACUCAAUGGCACUAUGAGACUCACCGUGAAAGAUCCAUGCCCAAAGGAAAAAGAAAAUCACCAGAGCGGAGAGUUCCGAUGGGACAAGGCGUUCCAGGGCGUUGCACUAGGGUCCUACUUCUGGGGCUACCUUGUUCUGCAGGUUCCUGGGGGACGACUGGCGGAGAAAUUCGGGGCCAAACAUCUCAUUGGCAUCACAUCAUUUAUUGUGGCCCUCAUUAGCAUACUGACUCCCGUGAUGGCCAGAACUAACAGAAUCGUCUUUCUUAUUAGUCGAAUAUUUACAGGCCUCUGUCAGGGAGUCAUGUAUCCUGCUGCACAGGCCUUCUGGUCGAGGUGGUCGCCACUCAACGAGCGUAGCCGACUGAUUGGACUAUCGUAUGCAGGUGGAGGAAUUGGGAACGCAAUUGUAUUUCCCAUUGGUGGAUAUCUUUGUGCCUACGGAUUUGAUAACGGAUGGGGAUCUGUGUUCUACGUCAUUGGUGCCCUUGCGUUCCUCUGGACCAUAAUCUGGAUUAUGUACAUGCACGACUCGCCCUCCGAAUGUCCGCACAUCUCGGAAAUAGAACUGAAGUACAUAGAGGCGUCCUUAGGACCAAAGGCCAAGAACCUAGUGACGCCGUGGAGGGCGUUCUUCACGUCCGGGGCCGUAUGGUCCAUCAGCAUCUCCAACAUGUGCGCCAACUACAGCGCCUACAUGUUGAUCACGGAGAUGCCCACGUACAUGAAGGAAAUACUCAAAUUCGACAUCAAAUCUAACGGGAUGUACUCCAUGCUGCCCUACCUCUGGUUCUGGUUCUUUACCGUCGUGUCCGGGAUGUGCGCAGACUACCUCAUAACUAAAAAGAUCCUCAGCGUCGCCUGGACCCGGAAACUCAUGUCCGGCAUCGGACUUGUGUUCCCCGGUUGUUUUCUCUUAGCCAUCGGCAGUAUGGACUGCACCCAGCAGCUGGCGGGGAUGAUGGUGCUGUCGGCGUCGAUCGGCUUUUGCGGCUUCCAGCUGAGCGGAUUCUACAUCAACCACGGCGACAUCGCGCCGCAGUAUGCGGGGACUCUGUACGGCAUCACCAACACGCUGUCCUCAAUACCCGGAAUACUGGCUCCAGUCAUCGUGGGAAAGCUUACCACUAAUGGUACUCGAGAGGAGUGGCAGACUGUGUUUUACAUUGCGGCUGCUAUCAACUUUUUCGGGGCUUUGUACUACACAGCCACGGGUACUUCCGACCUACAGGAGUGGGCCAAACAGAAAGGAUCGAUCAUCGGCGACGAACCACUGCGGAACCUGCUCGAGAUCAAGGAAGAAAGCUCAGACAUGGAGAACGAAUCGGAUGAGGACCCGUCAAAACUCAAAAAUAAAGACAAGGACGAAAGUGGACAGGAGAGCCGGACUGAGGGAGGAAAUGAGGAACAGAACAAAAGUGACAGCCAGAAGGAAAAAAAUGGGGAGGAGGGCCGGUCUGAAGGGGGGAAAUAAGGAGAAGGACAAAAAUGAGGGAAUGAGUAAAAACAAAAUGUACAAUAAAACUAAAAACAGAAAAAUGAAAGAAAAGGGGGGAGGGUCAAACAAAUAUCAACACAGACGAAUGUGAGAACUGGUUCAUAUAAUGAGGGUAAUUAAUUAGCGAUUGUCAAGAACGUUCAAAACAUUUGUAAAAAAACAACAACCUUAUAGUAAUAAUUUUUAAAAAAUCAAAACAACAUAUUCUCUAAUAUAUGAAUUAAUGAAAUCAA